GGCUGGAUCGCCGGAUUGCCUGGUUUUUCUGCCCUGGCUCCAUUUCAAAGUUUUAAAAAGUGUCAGUGUAAUUUUUAUCAGCUGAAAAAUCAAAUCGUCCAAUAAAAACUAAGAAUGUUCGUCGUACGUCGUAGCGUUUCCCGCCUGUACCCCGCCGGACUCCAGGUGGCCAAGAUGAGUAGCCAGCUGGGUGAUCUGGGCAGUGGUGCCGGCAAGGGCGGUGGCGGCGGUGGCUCCAUCCGCGAGGCUGGCGGCGCCUUUGGCAAGUUGGAGGCCGCCCGCGAGGAGGAGUACUUCUACAAGAAGCAAAGGGGCCAGUUGGAGAAAUUGAAGAACGACCAGAUCCACCAGGCCGAGUUCCACCAUCAGCAGAUCAAGGAGCACGAGGAGGCCAUUCAGCGCCACAAGAACUUCCUCGAUAACCUGCACAAGUGAGCGGUGCCCCGCAGAAAGCUCUCACAUCACACAGAAGCGUGAUAACUCGAGACAUUUACUUAAAUGCAUUUCACUCAAUUGUAUUUGUCCCAUCCUAUCCGAUCAGUGCGCAGUUUAUACACUCAAAAAUUGUUAAACUUUUGUAAAAUCUACAUGAAUAAAACACAGAUUUUUUAAAGGCUUUAA